UAUAUAAUAAUUUCUGCAGCUGCCCUCUACAGAUAGAGCCCGCAAUUUUCUCAAGAGAGAGAGAGCGAGAGAGUUGCACUUUUUCCAGCAGCACUGUGGAGUCUGCUACAGAAACAAAGAUUGGAAAAAAACAAAAGCAUUUCUGAUUUCUUUGGUUUCUACUAGAAGCAUCCUGGAGAUUCCUUCAAAGGUGGUGGCUUUUCUUCAACUGUUUCAGCAUCAAACAGAGAGCUAGCAGUGCUGAAGUAGAGGAAGGAAAAGAUGGCUGCGGAAGGUUCCACUGGUGAGCAGCCACAGUUCAUUGCAAGUGCUGGAAACCGAAGUUACUCAAAUGCGCCGCUCAUUGAGAACUCAGAUACAGAGAAAAUUGUUGUUCCAGAUAGGACAAGCUGGAAAAAUCUAUUUGCCUACAUGGGUCCGGGAUUUCUUGUUUCAAUUGCGUAUAUAGAUCCUGGAAAUUUUGAGACAGAUUUACAGUCAGGGGCACAGUACAAAUAUGGGCUACUUUGGAUAAUAUUAGUUGCUUCAUGUGCUGCUCUUGUCAUUCAGUCUCUAGCAGCCAAUCUUGGGGUAGUCACAGGAAAGCAUUUGGCUGAGCACUGUAGAGCUGAAUAUCCUAAGAAAACAAACUUCAUCCUUUGGGUUCUUGCUGAGAUUUCUAUAGUUGCAUGUGACAUCCCUGAAGUGAUUGGAACUGCCUUUGCAUUGAACAUGCUCUUCAAUAUACCUAUAUGGAUUGGUGUUCUCCUGACAGGACUCAGUACAUUGAUGCUUCUUGCAUUACAACAAUAUGGGGUUAGGAAACUUGAAUUUUUGAUUGCAUUCCUUGUACUCACAAUUGCUGGAUGCUUCUUCGCUGAGCUUGGCUAUGCAAAGCCUGCUGCUACAGAAGUUUUGGAUGGGCUUUUUGUUCCCCAACUCAAAGGAAAUGGUGCUACUGGUCUUGCCAUCUCGCUUCUUGGUGCUAUGGUUAUGCCGCACAAUCUCUUCCUUCACUCUGCAUUGGUGCUUUCUAGGAAAAUACCACGAUCUGUUCGCGGAAUCAAUGAAGCAUGCAGAUUUUAUAUGGUAGAAAGUGGCUUUGCUCUCAUGGUAGCCUUCUUAAUUAAUGUCUCCGUUAUUUCCGUAACUGGUGCAGUUUGCAAUUCCUCUAGUUUGAGUGCAGAAGAUCAGAAGAACUGCCAGGACCUGGAUUUGAAUAAAGCUUCCUUUUUACUAAGAAAUGUGUUAGGUAGCUGGAGUUCCAAACUCUUUGCUGUAGCCUUGCUGGCAUCAGGUCAAAGUUCUACUAUAACAGGAACAUAUGCAGGACAGUACGUUAUGCAGGGGUUUCUUGAUUUGCGACUUAGGCCAUGGCUUCGAAACUUCUUAACAAGAUGCUUGGCAAUAGUCCCUAGUUUGAUUGUUGCAGUCAUUGGUGGAUCUGCUGGGGCUGGAAAGCUGAUUAUUAUUGCAUCAAUGAUUUUAUCAUUUGAGCUGCCUUUCGCAUUGAUUCCACUUCUCAAGUUCACCAGCAGCAAGACCAAGAUGGGGGCAUAUGCCAACUCAACUGUGAUUUCAACCAUCACUUGGAUCAUUGGUUCUCUGCUCAUGGCCAUCAACAUAUACUAUUUGAUGAGUGGAUUCAUCAAGAUACUUCUUCAUAGUCACUUUGAACUUGUUGGUGUCGUGUUUCUCGGAAUACUUGGAUUCUCAGGCAUGACAUUGUAUUUGGCCGGAAUUGUGUAUCUGGUGUUCCGUAAAAAUAAGGAGGCACCACAUCUUCUGGCAUUAACAACUCCUGAAAGCAGAGAAAUGGCAAAUGCACAGCUGGGUUGUCUCACAAGAGAAGAUAUUGUAAGCAUGCAACUUCCUCAGAGGAGGUCUACUGAAGAUAUAGACUGAUGAGAUUGUCGUGUGAGGCUGUGAGCUAGAACAAUAAUGUAGCUUCUCUAUGACUUUAGGCGCCCAACAUUUAAAAUAAAGUGCUUCUGAUUUCUAGCAUGUGUUUCCUAAAUAAUCCUCUCUCUUCUUUUUAAUGUAUAUAAUCCAAAAAACUUGCAACCUAUCUUUUCUUGUCUAGUUGAAGCAAACUAUUUUUUAUUGGAACCUUAUUCAUUUUGAACA